AUGGGGGAUAAUGACUUUUGGGCUUCUGUAUAUGAUAAAAACUCUGUGAAUGAUGAUGACUUCCAAAGGGAAUUACUGAGAUUAAACACUCUUUUAACAAACGACUCACAACAAACGAUACAUUCGUGUGACAGGUGCAAUGCAAAAUUUAGUAAAAAGUCAAAUUUGAAACGCCACAUUCAAAACAAUAUAUGCAAUAAAGAUAAAGCCAGACAUUCGUGUAAACUCUGCAAAGAAGUGUUCACAAAUAAAACAGAUUACGUGAAACACGAGAAAGAAUCACAUUCAAAGUAUGCAUGUGAAAAGUGCAAAUGUACCUUUUCAAACAACUUUAACUUAAACAGGCAUGUAAAGAAAAAAUCGUGUGUUCCUCUAUCUAAACAUAUUUGCAAAACCUGCAACAGCCAAUUUUCAAAAGCAUACAAUUUAAAAGUUCAUCUUGAGAACGACGUUUGUAAAAAAGAGAAACUCAUUUGUGGAGACUGUGGGAAAACCUUUGAAAAGGAAUGGUUUCUCAAAAGACACAAGGAGAAUAGACUCUGCAAAAGAGGAAAGUACCUUGUGGGAAAGGGAAACCGUAAUACCCUAAAUGAUGUCACAGACCAUACAAAUAAGCCAGUUUGUAGCAAAUGUCGCAAAUCCUUUUCGUGCAAGUCAUCUUUAGCGAGACAUAUUAAACGAAACUUAUGCAGUAAAAUUUCAAACAAUGUGUUCCAGUGCAAUCGCUGUCAGAAAAUGUUUUCAUCAGCCGCAUACCUUAAACAUCACAGCGUCAGAGUACAUGGAAUCAGGUUUGAAGCACCUGCUAACAGGGCUGAAGCACACGACAGUGACAGCAAUUCGGACCAAAGCAGUGACGACAGUAAUGACGAAAGAAAUGCACCAGUUAUCCCGAUGCAUGAUGGUCCUCUCCUCCAGUUCCGGCGAAUAAUGUUCAACAGCACCGUGGUUAGGUAUAAACUUACCACUGUAGCUACAGAGAAAUAUGACCUACUGUAUUUUUUUGCUAACAGAAAGAAUCAGCUGAAAGAAAACAUUGUCAGAGAGCUAACCCGUUUGCAAAGCGUAAAGUGGUAUGUUGCCGUUAAGGUUAAUAUGGACAGAAGAGAUAUCAACGGCGAGGUUGUAGACGAGGCCUCUCCAGUGUUCAAGUCCCUCACAAAGCCAGUUUGUCUGAAGACACAAUUGAUGGUCAAAUAG